GUAUACUGAACCUGGCCGUGUCUGACGAGAAGGAGUACGAUUGCUAUAACGAGGACUAUAGAUUGUACGUCUUUACUCGGAUCAUAGAACUGGAUUCAUGGCUUGCACACAUCGGCGUCCCUCACAGCGAUAUCUGGCCACCAAACGUCAUGCUUGACCCACCACCGGUCCGGGAUGACCCUGCCUCGGCCCAGCUCCGGCCAAGGGUCAUCCUGCUCGACUUCGACUCGACUGAGAUUGAGGAAGCCUCAAAGGACCGUUGGCCCCGAAAUCCAAUCAAAAAAUGGUGGACCGGUUUCGAUACCAGGUUGGCAAAGUGGUGCCCCAGGUGGUGGCGACUUGACCUCCCCGAGCGUCGGAGAUGGCUCUUGAAGCAAUUCGGGGGAAGUUCCACCUACCAAAUGGCAAAGGAUAUGGGUGAUCCGGAACGCUUGACGGCUGCGGAUGAAAUGUACCUCGAUAUUUGGUCCCAUUCCUAACUUGGCCCAGGCUCAGGCAACACGCUAGUCCGGGUCUGCAUGGGUAGCACUUUUAGAAGUGCUGCUUGCUCAUGGAGGAUCAU